AUGCUGGUGACCUAUUUGGAAGCUAGCCGGGACCUUUGCGAGACAGAUUCAAUUCUUUUUGUCACUGCGCUGGGAGUCUGCAGUAUCAUAGGCGCCAAGGUUUCCACGGCUGGACGCGCUACUGGCCAAAGAAGCGCUAUCCCAGCAUGGAGAAGAAGAAUUGAGGAACGUAUCGCAAAGUCUAGAGCUCUCAUCGGCAGACUGAUAUGCUUCAGAUCAGGCAAUAACAGGGCAAGAAUUGUCCGCACCGUUAGGAUGGCGUUUGCUGGGACAAAUGUCAGUAUGACGGAGUGCAUAGAUGAGCUGAAGCAGAGAAUCGCUGCUUGGGAAAAGCGGAUUCGGCGAUAUACCGAGAGGUCGACACGGUUCAACCAGAAUCGUCUCUUCCAGAGUGAUCAGAAGAGCCUCUAUGAAUCAUUGGAGCGACCAAUCGUAAGUGAAAUGGGCCCAGCACCGAAUCAGGCCGACACUGUAGCAUUCUGGCGCGGCCUGUGGUCAGAGCCCGUAAACCACAGCGCCCAUGGACCCCGUCAUUAUAACACCGGAUGA